AUGCUGGACUCUUUCGAUUACAUUGUUGUGGGAGGUGGCCUGGCGGGCUUGACAGUCGCUUCCCGUUUAUCCGAAAACCCGAAGUUGUCGGUCCUUGUGCUUGAGGCCGGGGGCACUGGCAUCGGCAAUCAAUGCAUCAGUACGCCGGGAUUAAUAAGAACAAAUCUGGGUUCGGAAAUCGACUGGAAGUAUUUCACCGUUCCACAAGAGGGUGCUAACCACCGACAAAUCGCAUAUACCCGCGGAAAGGUUCUGGGUGGCACAUCAGCUUUGAACUUUCUCGUCAGUGCUAAGGCCGAAGCAGAGGACUACAACGCAAUCGAAUCACUGGGAAAUCCAGGAUGGGGAUGGCCAGAGAUUGAUAGGGCAUCAAAGAAGAGCGAACGGUUGAUCACCCCUCCAGCCGACUCCGGAUAUAUCUUCAAUUCGACAAAGCACGGGGAGGAUGGGCCGGUGACCAACUCCUUCCCUAAAUACAUCCCAGCACACUUUAGACCUUACUUUUCUGCUUCAGCUUCAGCUGGUCACGCAUCGCAAAAUGAAGACUCUUUUGGCGGAAAAAUCCGGGGAGCUUACGUUUACCCUUCGGCCGUUGAUACAAAGGGAGCCCGUGUCACUAGUGCCACUGCAUAUUAUUUCCCGCAUCAAUCACGCCCCAACUUAGUAGUGCGGACUGAUUGCGAAGUAAACAAACUUAUUCUGGAGAGGAAUGACGGCAUCUCAGGUAUAAAGGUACUUGGAGUAGAGUACAAUAAAGAUGGAAGCCCUUCCCGUGUUACGGCCAAGAAGGAAGUGAUCAUUAGCGGUGGCUCUAUCGGAAGUCCUGCGAUCCUUGAGAGAAGUGGAAUAGGCAAGGAGGAAAUUCUGGAACCCCUAAAAAUACCAAUAGCACUAAACCUGGAGGGUGUCGGGUCGAAUCUUUCAGAUCAUUUGACUGUCAUAGCAACUUACAGACUCAAGCCGGGUCACAGAACUGUAGAUGACCUGUCAAGAGACCCCCAAUAUGCUGCUGAACAGAAACUGAUCUAUGAAAAGUCAGGCGGCGGCGUAUACAGCCAUGCCAUUUCCGUCCUUGACUUUCAAUCCUUGAAAUCGAUUGUUAGUGAAGAUGAGAUGCAGCAAGGACUGAAGCUCCUCGAAGACUGCCCAAGCUACAUGCAUCCCAAGCAAUUUGAAGCCGUUGUCAAUCGAAUCAAAAAUGGAGUAGUCAUCGAAUUCUUCUUAAUCGACGGUUUCUUGGAGUUUAAUCUUCCUGCCGAUAAGGACACGCCUUAUCUGACUGUUGGCAUCAUACUUCAACAUCCCUUGUCACGUGGUUCAUCCCACAUCACCAGCCAAGAUCCCAGUGCAGCGCCGGCAAUUGAUCCACAAUUUCUGGUCCACCCGUUUGAUAGUUGGUUGAUGGUCCAGGGCGCCAAGCAUAACAGAAAGAUAAUGGGACAAGAAGCUUUCAAGGAUACUAUUGUCAACGAACAAUAUCCUGGGUCAUCAGUCCGCACCGACGAGGAGUGGGAGGAGAGUAUCAGAAGUAGGCUCUCGACUGCCCAUCAUCCAUUUGGUACUUGCUCAAUGCUUCCUCAAAGUGAAUCGGGUGUUGUUGACCCCCAACUGAAGGUCUAUGGCACCCAAAACUUGAGAGUGGUUGAUGCUAGUAUUUUGCCAGUCCAACUUAGUGCUCAUCCAGCAAUGACAGUUUAUGCAAUUGCAGAAAAAGCAGCUGAAAUGAUCUUGAAAGACUGA